AUGAGCGGCAAGCCUUCCGCCACAGGUCUCCCAAAGGCGGCGAGAAACAACGCCUCUGCGACCACCUCUUCGGCAGCAGCAGCAGGAGCAGCCGCUGGACCCCGAACCGAUGGCGACGACCUCAAGUUCGCAUCUCUUUUGGGAGUGCUGGUGGCGUUCCCAAGCCGCGAGGAGUCGGAGGCUUUCGAGCCGCUGGCUUCGGAACUGUCACCCGCGCUUCUGCCCGUCAACGGCUUGCCCCUCGUCGAUUACGCAAUCGAGUUCAUGCAAAGAAACGGGGUUACUGAGCUGUACGUGUUGGUGCGCGAUGAUCCUGCUGGACAUGAAGUACAGGCUGUCGUGGAAAAACACCAACAAAGGCAGCAGCAGCAGCAGCGGCGCUGCAGCAGCAGCACGGGCGCCCGCGUUGGCAGCAGCAGCAGCAGCAGCAAACUGCCUCCUCUGCGUCUGCAUUGCAUGGUGCUGUCUGCCGCCGUACAGUCCGUUGGCGACGCCCUUCGAGACUUCGAUUCGAGGGUGGAUGUCAGAAGCACUUUUGUGCUGAUGAGCGGCGCAACUCUCGCAGUCGGAGACUUGCGCAGUGCAAUUGCUGCCCACAGUCAGCGUGUCUCCUCCGGAGGUAAGAAGGCUUCAGCAGCUCUUACGUGGGUACUUAAAGUAUCGCCUCCAGGCAGCAGACAACGAGGGCUCCCCGAUGAUGCUGGCCUCAUUUAUGAUGAAGACUCUCUGCAGCUCCUCGCCUUUAGCCCCUUGCACAGCAAGCGUGCGCUGCUUGUCACCGACGAACUGCUCAACAGAGCAUCUACAGGAUCUCCAAUUCGCGUGCGGUAUGAUCUGUCGCUCCCUGAGCUGUACAUCUGCGAGCCGUCGGUGCUGCGCCUCUUCGGCCAGAGCUUCGACUUUGACACGCUGCAGAAGCAUCUCAUCCCCCACCUCCUCAAGCAGGAGCUGCAGCUCGAGACGAUCUUCUGCCAUGUGCUAGAGGCGGAGAGACAGACGAACAGUCAGCUGUAUGUCUUGACAGCGCGUGAUCCAAGAGGCUACCAGGCAGUCUUACGAGACGUUCUCGAGCGGUGGACGUUCCCUUUAGCUCCAGAUUCGCAUGCUCUUGAGGCUCAGGAAUAUCUCAAAUAUCGAGGUCGUGGGGUGUAUCAGUCGUCAAGCGUCUCCGCGGGGGUGGGGGGUUCGAUAGGCCCCUUGGCUGCUAUUGAAGGAGACGCGAGCGUUGGAGACAGCACGGAAAUUCGCGAGAGUCUCGUGGGACGGUGUUGCAGCAUUGGCAACAACUGCAGCAUAGUGGGGUCGUUGUUGCUGGCAGGCGUAACUGUGGAAGACGGAGCCGUUAUCCACGACAGUCUGAUUGCGUCGAAGUGUGUCAUCAAGAAGAACGCCAGACUGAACAGAGGCUGCUUGCUUGCACCAGGAGUGGUGGUUGGUGAGGGGGUGACUUUGCCUCCCCUCACACGCUGCUGCCUGCCGUCUGCUCCAGCCAUGCAGCGACUUCGUCAGCAGCAAAGCGAUGCAUGCGUGGAAGCAGCGGCAGCUUCCAAGAAGGGAGAAGACGCCUCGAAGACAGUUUCCUUGGGGCAGGAUGGGAAGGGUGUCGUCUUUCCCAAUCCUGGAGGGGGAAUGUCUCCUGCAGACUUUGAGGCUGUGAGUUUAGGAGCCUCCGUCCUCCCCCGUAUUCGUCUGCCGCUCCCCAAAUUCGACGCUGAGGAUGACGACACGCAGUCACGCGCGUCGGAUGCGUGCACGGCUCUCAGCGAUUUCGAUCUCGCUAGUGCCACAACCUCCCAAGAGCAACAUGAGGAUAUGACGUUUUCCACAGAGAUUGCAGCCAUGUGCAUGGAGGCGCUCGAACAGCCGCAGCAGCAGCAACACAAAAUCCUCGAAAUGAAAUCCUUUCGGCUCGCCUGCAACAAAACAGAUGCAGAUAUCUCCGAGCUUGUGCUGCUCACGAUGCUCCAGCAGCUCGCGCUGCGAGCAACCAGAAGCAAAGAGAAUCUCCUCGGGAGAAACGGUUUGUGUGGGGCAUGGUUUGGCUGUCAGGGAUGGACGGCUUACGCGGAGUCUCACCGGUGCCGUCCUCUGUUGGCUUCCUUUCUGGAGCCUUCGAAGGAUGCUCUUUCCUUCUUCCUGCUGUGGGGACAGACCGUCGCGUUUUGCAGCAAAGCCGAGAUCGUCUACACCGACGUGGAAGGCGAGGAAGUGCGAGCGCCUAACCCGUUCGAAGGUGCGCGGGGGUUCUGCGAAGUCGCAGAGUUGCUGCAUGCAGCGGAUCUCUUCGACGUCGAGUCUUCCCUGCCUCGAUGGGCGAAAGCAGCACGGACUGCCGUGUCGACUGCGAAUGGCAGCAGCAGUGCAGCGGCUUCUGCCGCGGAGUCUCUCGCGGCUCAAAGCCUCGGUCGACUUCCGUCUCCCUCGGCAGUUUUGCCCUUCCUAGAGACCCCUCGCAUGCAAGCCUUCCUAGCCUGGCUGGAAGAAGAGGUGGAGGAAGACUCCGAUUGA